CGCGUCGUCUGCAGCGCCAGUGGAGAGCAAUAAGUGACAGAAGUAGUACACAGCAAAGGUUCCUUUUUAAUUCACUUAAUUUCCACCCUCUUACGCAAUGGCAAAUUUGAAGAUUGACACAGGAAAACCUCUGCUCGACGAGAAAAUCGCCGAGUGGUUGAAAUGGGAUAAGAAUGAAGUUACGAGAGCUGAUGUAAAACAGAAGGUCCAGCGGGGUGAGGUUGACCAGCUAGAGAAGAUCAUGGCACACCGCAUGGUAUUUGGGACAGCUGGGCUCCGUGGACGUAUGGGUGCCGGAUAUGCCCUCAUGAACGACCUCGUUAUCAUCCAAACCUCACAGGGAUUCAGUAAGUACCUGACUGCUGUGAAUCCCAAAGCCAGGACAAAGGGCGUCGUGAUUGGACAUGACAGCCGCCACAAUAGCCAUAGGUUUGCCAGAUUAGCAGCAGCAGCCUUUUUGAACAACGGAAUUCCAGUUUACCUACUUGGCAAGAUUGUGCCAACACCUUUUGUGCCAUUCACUAUCCUGCAGUAUGGGGCAGCUGCUGGUGUAAUGGUCACUGCUUCCCAUAAUCCAAAGGAAGAUAAUGGUUAUAAAGUGUACUGGGAAAAUGGUGCUCAGAUCAUUCCUCCUCAUGACUCAGGCAUCCAGAAAUCCAUUGAAGAGAACCUGAGCCCUUGGGAAGAUGCCUGGGAUGUAGAGAAGGCAUUGGCAGACCCCAAACUGACUGACCCCCUGGACGACAUCUCCAACAAAUAUUUCUCGAAACUGGGGUCCUCCAUGCUGGAUAAGGAGAAGAACCAAGCCUCUCCUCUGACUUUCACCCUAACAGCUAUGCAUGGUGUUUCACAUGACUACAUGGUGGAAGCUUUCAAGGUGUGCGGGUUUAAGCCAUUUGUCCCUGUGAAGGAGCAGAUGGUACCUGACCCUGAAUUUCCAACAGUCAAGUUCCCCAACCCAGAAGAAGGCAAGAGUGCGUUGGAUCUCUCCUUCAAAACAGCAAAUGAAAAUGGUUCAUCUGUCAUUCUGGCUAAUGAUCCCGAUGCAGAUAGGUUGGCAGUGGCUGAGAAGUUGCCGAGUGGACAGUGGAAGGUGUUCACAGGUAACGAGGAAGGAGCCUUGCUGGGUUGGUGGGCAUGGCAACGCAGUCGUCAACUCUCUCCAGACAUUCCAACCAGUGACUGCUACAUGAUUGCAUCCACUGUCUCAUCAAAGAUUCUGAGAGCCAUAGCAAGCAAGGAAGGAUUUAAUUUUGAGGAAACCUUAACAGGCUUUAAAUGGAUGGGUAACAAAGCCCACGACCUGAUCAAGGACGGCAAGACUGUUCUCUUUGCCUUUGAAGAAGCCAUUGGGUUCAUGAAUGGCAGUGAGGUCUUAGACAAGGAUGGUGUCUCAGCUGCGAUGCGUCUGGCCGAAAUGGCAACUGUCCUAAAAGCAGACCAUAACAUGACACUAUUUGACAAACUGCAGGAUAUUUACAAGACAUAUGGAUAUCAUGUCAGCAACAAUUCAUACUACAUCUGUCAUGAUCAGAGGGUUAUUAAUAAGAUGUUUGAGAGAAUAAGGAAUUUCAAUGGACCAAACACU